UUUGGGCCGGGAUGAGCACAACUCAGAGGAGUGAGAGCAUGAAUGCCUUCUUUGAUGGAUAUGUACAUUCAGGGACUACAUUGAAAGAAUUCGUCGAUCAAUUCGACAAUGCACUGAGGAAGAAAGUAGAAAAUGAGAUAGCAGCGGAUUUUCACUCAUUCAAUGCCACAGUACCUUGUAUAUCUCAUUUACCCUUGGAGAAAAAAUUUUAGGCAGUGUACAAUAAUUCGAAAUUUAAGGAAGUGCAGUCAGAGGUAAUGGGGAUUAUCUACUCUCACUGUGUUAUCAUAAAAACAGGAGGGGCUAUUACCACGUAUCAAGUUAAUGACAGUCGAGAGGUUGAAGACGGCAUCAAGAAGUCAACUGUGCAGGCGUACUUUAAUGAAGAAGAGUGUGAGGCGAAGUGCAUGUGUGGGUUAUUUGAGAUGAGAGGAAUUAUAUGUAGGCACAUGCUUUCAAUAUUCGCUGCAAGGGAUGUCCAAGUGUUGCCAGAGAAGUACAUUAUGGAGAGGUGGAGGAAGGACAUUAAACGUAGAUAUGUUCUCAUUCGAAGCAGUUACGAUGACUUGAGUGGUAAACCAGCUGCUAUUCGGUACUUUGGAUUGAUAAAAAUAUGUUACGAAGUAGCUACAAAUGCCUGUGAAAGCGAAGAAAAUUCCCUAGAUAUGACAGAGAAGCUUACGGCAAUGAAUUCGAUUUAUAGCAAAACAAAGUCCCAAGCAACUGUUGCAAGCACUCAUAUUUCCGCUGAUGCUGAAAUUGGAAGUUCGAGAAAAGUCUUGAGUCCUCGUGUUGUAAGAGGCAAAGGGAGGCCCCCAUCAAAGAGGAAACAACCUACCAUAGAGAAGUUGCAAGCCAAGAAUAAAGCUUCUGGCAAGCGACAAAGAAAAAAUGCAAUAUCACUUAUGAAAGAUGUACUAAAUGCCGCAGAUUCAGUAAACCAAAUUGGUACACCACAAAGUGUACCAGCGCAACUGCCUGGUACACAACAAAGUGUUAUUUCUCAGGAGAACUUCGAAAUGCAUGGCCCUCAUGUUGAUUAAUGGAAGACAUUGUAGACUGCUGCAGAAGACAAUGUAGAU